UCCAUCCAACCAAAAACAACAACAUGGUCUUCAGCACUGUGUUACGCACCCUACGUGCCAAGUACCACAAGCUAGACUUGAUCGAGAAAGAGGUUCCUGACCUGAAGAGCUCUCCUUCAAGAUCUACCCAUUUCAACUUCUCUACCUUGACCAGCUCAAUCAGACGCGGUCGUCCCUUGACAACCAAGAAGCAAAACCUUCAUGACCCUCGCUCUUCGCUCCAGAGCGUUCACGAAGAUGUCUCCUGGAAUGGACCCCANUUCUACUGGUCUUUACGAACACUCAUUAUAUCACACAGGCUCUGCGGCAACACUGUCACAUCCGAUCUGAACGCACCCUCAACUCCUGUAAACAGGUGCUUCCCUCUGGAUCCAGCCUCGAUUGAGGUAGAGAUAGAGAGGGAAGAAGAGCUAAUCAACAACGUCUUCCAUGUUCAUACCGAACUGGUUCGCCCUGCUUCAGUCGUCUUUGCCAGACAUAUCGCCCGUGGACGUUCCAGCAUCCCUGUCCCUGGACAAGAUCGCGAUGUCGUUCAGCUGUUCGUCAGAUUCCUCUACUCUAGCAACAUCCACAGCAAUGUGGCCGAUGCUUGCGACCUCACCGGAGGCUGCGAGACUCUCAACUUCAAGCUUCGCGACGGUUCGUUCGCCCAGCUCCAGACACCAGAUGAUGAAGAGAAACUUCUCGUCAAAGCCUACCUUUUCGGCUACUCCUACAGCUGCUGGACCUUCUGCGACGCCCUCAUCGACACCUUAAUCUGCAAGAUCAUCGGUCAGAAGCGCACCCCUAUCCCUCAUGGUCUGCUUGAUAUCAACUCCAGUUGCGCCUCCUACUACCCUCUCAAGGUUCUCAUCGCUCACCUUGCCAUCUACACCUGGUCAGACAACCAGUUCUGUGGUUUCGCUCGUGCACACAAGUCUGACAGAAUGGAUCACGUCAGAUUCUGGGCCGAUGUUGGAGAUUACAAUGCCGUGUAUAAGACUGGCGCUUUCGGUUUGCCCAGGGCUCCAUGGAAGAAGAACCCUUGUCACUAUCAUGUUCAUACUUCGUACCCUAAGAUGGGUUACACUUGCUACGUCCAGGAACGU